UCAUUUCAAACGCAUUUCAAAAAGCCGCGUAGCGCAUUAGUAUCCGUUCAAAAGUGGGACGCUGUGAAAUGCGUUUGAAAUGAAUUUGAAAUGAGUUUUGAAAUGAAUUUUGGAGUCACGAUUUUCUGGGAUAUUUUCUUGGCGCAGUCCGCACUAGAUUCUGGCGAAAAGUGUGUCUGGAGAGGGUCGUUUUGGGAUGCCAAAAUUGGCAUUUUGGACCGCUUAGAAAAGCAGCAAAAAAGUAAAAAAAGUUUUUAAUUAUUUGCUUGUGUCAGCACUAGAAUCUUUCCAGGUAGGACGCAUGAUUUUUGAUUCACAUUCGAAGACCUUGAUUCUGUUCCACGACUAGAAAAAACCGAUUUUUUUUGUAGUUUUUUGUACAUUUUUUCUUACAUUUUGCGUCUUUUUUCCAAUUUGUCGUGCAUUUUGAGCACUUGCGUCUCAUAAUGAAUAAAGACUGUAGUCGGCUGAGAGGCAUUCUAUAAGCGUUAGAUUUGUACAAAAAUGAAGAUUGUAAGUGGGAACGAAAAGCGUGAGCAUUUCAUUUUUAUCAUCUGUCAGUUCUUGACGCUGGGCCUUAGUAGAACUACUGAUAGAAUACCGUUGAACAGCCUUCGUGGCGGCUGAGUAGAUAGCUCCUGCAGCAAUUUUGGCAUUGUGCAGACAAAUGGAGAAGCAGACUGCUCGACAUAAGGAUCGUCUCUGGUGUCACCUUUAAAAGAAUCUCUUUGCCACGUCGAUGCGCAGCAUUUUAUUUCCAGUUUUGGCCUGCAGCUC